AUGGACGACGAGUACAAUAGCCACUCACACUCGAGUGCCACGUCCGACACGUUUCAACUCUCCGGAUCUUAUACGCUCGAAGGUUCCGAUGACCUCGUAGCUCCCGAGAUUGCGUACACCACUUAUGGAAAGCUCAAUGAAGCGCGAGAUAACGUGAUCGUUUUAUGUCACGCCCUCACGGGCCAUUCGCUCGUCCACCAGUACUGGGACGCUAUGGUCACGUCCGAGUGGACGAGCAAGUACUUCCUCGUCUGCUGUAACAUCCUGGGCUCGUGUUACGGCUCCACGGGUCCGACUUCUGUGAACCCACUAACCCAUCGCCUGUACGGUCCGACCUUUCCAUCGGUCACGAUCCGGGAUGCUGUAGCUCUUCAGCGUCUUCUAUUGGAAGAGAAGCUCCAGGUACGUCAAGUUCAAGCUGUGAUCGGAGGCUCUUUGGGGGGCAUGCAGACGCUCGAGUGGAUGUUCCAAGGUCAGGACUUGGUCAAAACGUUUGUAGCCAUUGCCUGUGGCGCCCGGCACUCGGCGUGGCAAAUUGCCAUGAGUGACCUCCAGCGACGAGCGAUUUAUCUGGACCCGAAGUUUUGUAACGGAUACUACCUGCCUGAAGCUCGACCGGAUAGGGGAUUGGCACUGGCUCGUCAAAUUGCAAUGGUGAGCUACCGAUCGCAUGCGGCGUACACUGAAAAGUUCGGCCGGUUGAAGGUAGAAACUUCACAAAGGGAAGAGGAAGAGAGAGGUUUGGAAAAAUACGGACGUUUUGAGGUGCAGUCGUAUUUGGACUAUCAAGGCGAGAAGUUUCUCUCGCGCUUUGAUGUCAAUUCGUACUUGACGUUGUUAGCUAUGAUGGACACGCAUGACGUUGGUCGGAAGCGGGGUGGGGUGGAAAAAGCACUGGGGUCAGUCUCACAGCCAGCACUAGUUAUUGGCAUUGACUCGGACGUGUUGUAUCCACUUUGCGAACAAGAGGAGCUAGCUCGGGCACUGCCAAAUGCGCAGUUCACGACGCUGUCGUCGCUUCACGGUCAUGAUGGGUUUCUACUCGGUCAGAAGGCCAUCAGUGAGUGCAUCAAACGGUUUCUUGCUGAGCACGUGGAGUGA